ACUGAAACCGUGGGUAUAAGAUAUUAUAUACCAACAUUUACGUCAUUAACCGUGGCUAUAGCUAAUCAUGUUCUAAUCCUAGUAAUAAGAUUUAAAAAUCUCUUUUCAACUUUUCACUCUCUGCGCUCUAAAUUUUGGGGAAAAUUUGAAACCCCGCUCACUCGUUCACUCUUCCUCCCUCUCUGUACGCUCAUCUUGCACACUCCUGCUUUGCCACGCUCAUGAAUCAUCUCCGCGCUCAUCCUGCAUGUGGUCUCUUCCCCUCUUCUUUCUUUCUCUAUCGCGUUGUGGCGUCCUCCUUUUUCGUUCUGCCGUUCUCCGUUGCGCCGUCGUCCAUCGUCACCAUUGCAGAGACGAUUUAGGGAUUGAUGAAUUGAAGAUUGCUAUUGUUGAUUACAAUUGGUCCCUGAGGCAUAAGCAGAUCACAUCUCUUAAUGAGAAAUACAAAGCUAUGUGGAGUACUUUGCUUGAUAUGGAUGUGGAUGGUGAUGAAAAUCUUUUGCCGGGGCCAAGAUGCUACUUCCCAAAGACUCGUUAAAUGCAAAACUUAACAAAGCAAAAACUGGAAGUCCCUUGUUUGGUUUUGUCUUCAGUAAUAUGUGUUACAUGAUUCUCCAGAUUUUAUCGCUGGUUGCGUCUUCUGCUUUUUGUUGUUUAAAAUGUAGUUGCAAGCCCAUUGUAGUUGCUGAAGGACACGUACGAUAGAGACAUUUGGGAUUUGAAGUGGCCAAGUUUCUCUUUAGUGGCUGAUGAACUGCAAGUUGAAGCUUGCACAAACGACAAAUGGUAUUUUGAUUUUGAGACAAAUGGUAUUUAAGUUUUUGUCUCCCUUCAUCUAUUUCUAGUUCUUGUGUUGCACCAGAUACUUGGCAAAUAGAUAACAUGUGCAAGUAUCAAGACUGAGGAAUCUACAAUAUUUAUCAGAGCUUGAGUGCAAGUGUGACUUCAUUGCAGGUGCUUCAAGUGUAUCUAAUCAAAAAAUGUUGUUUAUGACUUUUCUCCUUUAAUGCUAAUAUUUUGGUUUGUGUGCACUUUUGCUAGUUUUUGUUAAUGUUUUGUGAUAUUAGAUAUUUUUUGCUUUGGUUAGUGUAGACUUGAGAGCUGAGUAUUUAGUAAUAAGAGUUCCUUUGAGUUUCUUAACCGAAGGUAGUUGUAGUGUUUGGUAUUAUUACCUG